ACUUAAUUCCAGGACAUACAACUGCCAUCAUUCACAGUGCACCAGAAGAGCAACCCAAUAACGACAGAAUAACUCGUGUUCAUGGAGUCCAUGAAGAUAACAAAUGUGGAGCAGAAGAUGAAGCUAAAGAAUCAACUUCAGACCCUGAGGAAGGAAUGUCAACCUUAGCGAGUAAGAAGGGCUUAAAAGAUAUCGCCAUCACUCAAGUUGCUCCACAACAGCCAAUUAAUGAAUAUGCGUUCAACUAUGAUCGUGGAUUGGACAAUGGUAACAUGGGUAGUAAGGAGUCUACCUCCCAAAGAGAUCCUGAAGACAACAACUCACCAAGGAAUUCGAAGGAGGAAUCCUCUGCAGAACCUCUAAAGAGGGAAGAAGUUGCAGUGCCUAUCUCCGGAAUAAGUGAUGAAGCUGUAGAAUCACCGUGGGAUUCUGAGGAAGAAACAUCAAGUGGAAAGGGUGAAGGUCGUGCUGCCACUGGAGGUGUCCCAGAAGGAGAUAUUCUGGAUUAUUUCCUGUCAUGUAGUUGGGCAAGGAUAGCCAAAGAGAGAAAAGCGUCAAUGGCAUCAAGUGGAGAUACUGAAAAGGAUGUGGCUGUCAGUCUAAGUGCCCAAGAGCAUGCAAAGGACACAUUAUCUGGUAUUGCUGGAGUGCCAGAAGACAAAACUAUUGAUAUGCCUGGCUUCAGACCAGAUGAUGAGCCUUUAAAAUACUCCUUAAAGUCUGAGGAAGGAACGUCAGCUCUAGUGGGUAAGAAGAGUAAAAAAUGUUUUUUCAUCACUCAAGUUGAUCCACAACAGCCAAUUAAUAAAUAUGGGCUGGACUCUGAUCACGCAUUGGACAAAGAUAACAAACGUGGUAAGGAGUCUACCUUCCAAAGAGAUCCUGAAGACAGCAACUCACCAAGGAAUUCGAAGACUAUUUCUACAAAUUCUUGGAAGGAAUCCAUUAAUCAAUCAAUGGCAGCAGAUGCAAAAGGAAAAGAUAUGAAUGAACCACUGGAAGAGUUUGCUAAGGGAUCCACUGAAUUGACGCCUCGUCUGGAAGCAAUACAUCCUUUUUGGGCAACAUCAGUGGGAAUGAAUGAAGUACAAACAUGCAGACAAGUUACAGGCAGAAUCAAGUUAAAACCAAUACCAAAACAUCUCAAGAGGCAUUUCCUUCCUCACUGCAAUACUAAUCAAUAUAAAAGCACAGAACUUGAGUUAAAAAAUGUCAAGUCUUCUCCAACAAAUAAUGACAUUAAAACAGCACCCAAGGAAGAACAAGAAUGGCUUGAUGGAAGUGAAAAUAAGCAGUUUGAAGAAAAAGGGCAGCGUUGCCAAAGUAAGGAAAUGGAAGGGUUAAGAAACUUGCAUGAAAGUGCUGCUCCUCCUGAGGACAGUGAUGGUUGUGGACUGAAUCAGCAGAGACAGAGUGGGGACCUUGACAACCAGCAAUCUGCCACUAAGAAGAGUGAAGAAUAUUAUUCCUGCCCUGCCUUGCAUAUAAAGGAAAUAAAAAUGAAAAUGAAAAAGUGACUUCCAUGGAGUAUGGGAUUAGACCAGUGUUUGAGAAUGGCUUUUCACUCACUAGAAGUCUACUGCAAGUGAUUUAUGACAACAAUCUGAGUGAGCUCGAUCGUCUUAAAAGGUAAAAUCUAUGAAUUCUUUACUUUCCAGUGAAGCAAUGUUAAUGGUGACUACUUUUAAUGAAAAUAGGAAAGAAUAGUGUAGUCUACAAGCCAAACAAGAGAAUACUCAACUAUAUCAAUACUGCAGUAAGGUUAAGAUACUU